AUGACGAAGACAAUCCAGUUCGAGAUCUUCAGACAUGGCACACUGGCACCUUCCCGCACAUACCAGUACCUCCAGAUCGACGAGUACCUCACCACGGAGAACUACCUAGUCCGGAUCGAUCAAGAUCACCGCUUCGCAAUCCCGGAGACCAUGGCUACCAGCCUGCAGCAAAUCUACGACAGCUUAGGGCAAGAAGUAGAUCCACAAAUGACUUCACAACAUCAUGACCACGGUCACCUUCUUCCAGUUCUACCAGUUGAUCAACUCGAACCAGGUCAAGCACCAUGGUGGAGACGCCCAAUCAAACCUGAACUAUUGCACAUGUCGCCACAAGUGGAGCCCCACCACUGGGAACUACAAGAAGACGGCACACCAGUCAUCAGGUAUUACCCCAACCGGAUGAAUUUUCUACCCAAGCAGCUCGUCCACUUGUUCCCGUCCAUCACUCAAGAGGCACAGAGAAGCAUCCUCAUGUCCUGGAACGAGUAUAUCGAUGACCCGGCCACUCACGUACAGAUGAUCCGCCAUGCAGAAUCCCUCAAAGAAGACUCCGAGAAACGCCGGCACCACCAAGUCAAAACACUAUUCAGGGACAUUAUGACGGGACCCUCCGGACUUCGCAUCCUGCAGUUCACGGCAUACCAGUUUCGCAUGCUGGUACGCAAAGGCACCAACCCCGAUAUGACCACCAUGCCCAACAUAUACCAGCUGUGGCAUUGGGGAUACGUCAAGUUCAAAAGCGUCAACGAGGAACUCUGGAUUUUCGCACACAAUUUUGCGGACCCUCAACUCAUGGCCAGGCUGGAACAAACGUGCGUUCACUUCCACAGGAUUUGGGCCGCGCAAGUUGUUCCUAGCACAGCAGGUCUUGUACCUAUCCUACCCAAGACACAAGACCUAUGCGUCGUGAUCCACAACACCAAUCCUCCGUUUCACCAACCCAUGGCAGCCAGACACAACACCAUCUCCGGCAUCAUGACCUCGCAGGCCGUCAGCAACAUCGUAUUUCGCAAAGUCCAUGCCGACGUACAACUGCACAGAACGUGGCCCAGUGUGGAUGCGACCACUCAGUCGGAUUAUGAGGAUGAUACUUUUCUACUACCAGAUCAUUGGCCGACCAACAUAUGGACCGACACACUGCAAAAAUUGACCACCACAUCUUCGUGGACGGCACCCUUGGAAUCAGACAUCAGAACCAAGCUCACCGUUGACCACAUCUUCCACGACGUGAUCCCUCACAUGAUUUGGACGCCCAGGUUCGCCACACCGAUGACGUCACAGCAACUUCAUGCCAUCCAAGUAUCCACCAAAGCAGCACACGUACUUCACCGACUAUGGGAUCCACUUAUUUUCACGUUUGCCGAUCCGUGCCAUGCAUCACGUGGCCACGAUACCAGACAAUCCAGUCAACCACAAAUAUCGGAAAAGUUCUACAAGAUCGACGAAGAAGGCUACAUCCCCAUGAUAGCCAUACCGGCCAGCAGUGUUAGAGAAGCACACGCAGACUGGGCGUGGUUUCAAUCUCAGCAGGCCAGCAAUCGCAACGCCGCCACGCUCGACAUGUUCAUCAACACAGUUGGUUCACAUUGGAUGGAGUUUUCCAACCAUUCCACCAUGAUCUUCCACUUGAACCGAACCAGGCUGUUCCCACACCGACACAGCAGGAGUGGGAAGACUUCAUUGGCCAACGACGAGCUCUCCUUGAACUACAACGACGCACCACGAAGAUCGACAUUUCGCCAGACCGUCCAGGAGAUUCAGUACACCACGACCUUCAAAGCGACAAAGAAGCAGAUCACGCCAGCCCCGAUCCUCCUUCACAUCAAGAAGAAGCUCUAUUCCACUCUCGGGACAGACACACGGGAAGCAUCGAUCAUCAAGGACAAACAGUCCGAGCUUCCAGUGUACCGGAACUCACCGGCCACCUCUCAACCUUCCACCGCGGCUACACCCCACCCCACCCAACCCAAAACCCGAGCCAAAGAGAUCUUGAGAGACAUCUUCAGUCAACCCGACAACGACCUCCCGGAGCAUUGGGACACCACAGACACGCUCUACGACCAAAACCAGUACGGUGGACUACAGAUGCCCAGAACGGUUCCGGCCACAGCAUCGGCACGCAAGAACGGCACGUCAGGUAUGGAUCCGUUGGACAUCAAAGUUUGGCAAGUGGCUUUUGAAGGCAAACACAAUUAUAUGCUUCGACAAUUAGCGAAUGGGAGAUGGACACAGUUUCAAGGACACAAGUCCUUGCCGGAUGCGAUCUUCCACAUGAAAUUGUCCACCUUCAUUCGCAACCGAGGCAUUCGUGUCGAAACCAUUGCCGUCAACUACUGGAAGUGGAAGAACGGCACAGAGAAGCUCAACGCAAAGAAGCUAUGGACCUCCCCUCGUCAACAACAUCGGAGACCUCCUCAUGCGCUACAACAACCCACCCGCAGUCCAACCUCAAGUACGAGCUCAACUUGCUGA